AUGGAUGGCUUAAUCCCUGACCAUACAUCCCCUUAUGAGAUCCAUUGGGAAAAUCCUGCCAUCAGUCCUCAUCAACUCAAUUCUUCUAACAUUCUUCAGUACUUCUGUCACCUAUCAAAUCCAUUCUAUGACCGUGAAUGCAAUAACGAAGUUGUUCGUAUGCAGGGACUUAGUCAAGAUAAACUUACAACGCUCUGUGGCACCGAGUUUUAUUUGUAUCGAAGUCAGGAGCCAGUGCUGUUUGUGAUUCGCAAACAAGAGCGAUUGUCUCCCUCCGAAGUUGUUCCACUUGCUUACUACUAUAUAAUCAACGGAAUCGUGCGCCAGGCGCCAGAUCUCUCUACUCUGAUCAACUCACGCCUUCAUACGAUUAUUGCAGGGCUGAAUAAAGCCAUUCAAACGCUCGCCCCAUGUGCACGUUUCCACCCCUCCGACGGGUCGUACUCGUGGGAGGACCCUAACGCCCUGACGGGUGGGUCGAAGAGAGAAAGUGACAAGAAACCCAAGGAUGACACGGUUGCAACCAAUCCCUACCAAGUCCAUCGAACUGAUUUCCUCCUUAACGAAUGGGCCAGUCGGUUCCCUAUGCCUCCACUUCCCAAUACCCUUUCUGUCGGCUCUACUUUGCCCACACCUCAACAGACUUCGCAUUCUAGUGGCCCAGCUCCGUCAAAUCAAACUGGCUCUCUGGAGGCGACCCCCGACAAGCGGCAGCGCUUGAUGUGA